GUUUUCACCGUUGGCCGCUCGCCCCGUAAACAGAGUCACGUGAUAACAAGAGGGGCUCGAAGCUGCCUUUGAAGUCACCGCAUUUUAUAAAUUAACACCGCUCUCUUUUCGCAAAUGCUGCCGGAUCCCGCUGGGUUCCUCCAACAAUUUCUGCUUUUGUUCAGAUUUCCAUUAUCCGCAGUUCUUUGUUUUACCUUUUUCUUGUUUUCUGUGCAGGAAGAGGCCGUUGGUCCUCAAUGCCAUUUUAUCAUGACUGAAACCAUGGCAACUGAUGACAACUGGUUGCAGGAAGAGGAGCACCUGUACAGAGUCUUCAAAAGGAAUGGAUACCCGAAAAGCAGAAUCGGCUGUUACCUCCGAGACAGAUCAAAACAGGAAGACACAACACGACCAGACUCACUAUUCACCCUACAAUACAUCAAGGACAUUUCAGAGAUGACCACAAGACUUCUCAGAUCCCUAGGUAUCAGGGUUGCCCACAAACCAACAACCACCCUACGACUGCUACUGACGAACAUAAAGGAUCCCAUACCCAAAACUGGUGUAAUAUACGAAAUACCAUGCAAGGACUGUGAGAAACACUAUAUAGGCCAAACUGGAAGAAAACUGACAACACUGAUACACAAACACCAACUAGCCACCAAGAGGCAUGACCAAUUCUCACUUGUCUGGCUAAACAUGGACAAAGAGGGGCACGAAUUUGACUUGGACAACACAUCCAUUAUCGCAAAGCCAAACAGAGACCGGAAAUUCUUGGAGCUUGGUAUUCUAAUCAGAACUCCGUCAACAACCACAUUGAAUUAGACCCUGUGUACAAACCACUGAGAAACAGAACCAGAAGUGAUACCAAACACUCCAAUAAACUGAGGCCUAUAAAUGACAAGCAGGACAAAACACGAACGCUUCACCGGAGAUGCACUGACGGUGUUACCUAGCAGGGUAACUAAAUGUUUGCAACCAAACCCACCAGCUCGUCGAGCAUGUCUGUGACCUUACCAACAACCCGAGCCACAAAUCUUCUUGAAAAUUUUAUACCUUAAAAGAGAAGUUUAAGAUGAAAUUAGACAUAAAGAGAAAACAAAUCUAGAAAAAUGCAAACUUAGGUUCCCACUGUUCGGUGCCGCAAAGAACAAGACCUGACCAUUUUUAGCUAUGCCCCAUAUUCCUACUGGGUAUUUGGUGCACCUAAUUUCAUAGACUAAGAAUGGGAAACAAUGCCCUUUAAUUUGGGAAGCUACGAAAUUAAGAAAUGGCAGAUUAAAGUACUGGUGACUGAAAUACUUGUAGAGACAGUGGAUUUUGGUUUUAUUUGCCAAGAUUAAAGUGAGACUUAAACAUUUAAUCAAGAUCCUGACAAAUAGCAUGUCCAGUUAAUGGUUGUAACAAGAGAAUGUGCGGUGAUUGAGGAACUCCAAUAUCAAUCAAUAACAGUGGCUUAGUGGUAUGAAUACUGACCAAAUUAGUAAAGACACAGAGAACAUAGCUGAUGGCCUGCAACAGGUGGCGGAUGAAUCAACAAAAGGGAAGGGCCUAUUUUGCAUCAUCCUCGUUGAUCUCUGGUAGAACUAUAAUGUAACAUUUUCUUCAUUUCUCUGUUCUGUAACAAAGGAUUGCACCUACCUUCUCUGUACCUAAGAUGGUGCUGUAAGUGGUGACUUAUAAACGUUUCACUUUACUCAUUUGAGUAUAUGUGACAAUAAAGCUAAUUCAGUUUAAUCAUCUACACAUUGCAGGUUCAUUUGUCAUGACUGUAUGAUAGGAGUUCCAUGACAUGGUCCUUCUGGAGAUAAUAUUCCAUGUUCAUUUUGAGAAUACUGUCCAUUAUGCUGAAUGACAUUAGCACUAUGCUAAACUGAAUAGAUUCCUAGAAACUGAAAGCUGGGCAUCCAUGAGUCACUAUUAUCAGGAGCAGAAUUACAUCAACCGCAGUCUGCAGUUUCAUGGUCUGCAUUCCCCUCUCUCCAGUAUUCCUAUCAAGCCAGAGGAUUAACUCUCAUUUGACGAAGAGUGCAAAGAGCCUAUGACAUGCAGCAUCUGAAAAUGAAGGUUGAAACUGGUCUACUUGCACACCUAACAAUAGAAGCAGCAUGCAAUAAACAGAGCUAAUUUGGUUAAAUCCAGUUGUGAAUAGUGGUGGACAAUUAAACAUGUUGCCUGAAGAGGAGGCUUCACAGACAUUCUCUCUUCAUUGAUGGGGGAGUCCAACACGCAUUAUAAAAUGUAAGGCUGCAGCGUUUGCUACUAACAUCAGCAAGAAGUGCUAGUGGAUGAUCCAUCUUGGCCUCUUCAUGUGGCUUCCACUGUCACAAGUGCUCGUGUUUAAAUAAUCCAAUUCAUUCCACAUGAUAUCAUGAAAUGGCUGAAGGCAUUGGGGGAAUGUUGUCAGGCCUAUGGGCCCAAUAAAAUUCCAGCAGCAGUACCGAAGACUUGGUUCCACAACCGGCUACUUCCUUGCCAAACAAUCUUAGACAACUACCACACUGGCAUCGACUUGACAAUGUGAAAAUUAUCUACUCAUUUCAGUCCACAAAAAGCAGGACAAAUUUAACCCAGCAAAUUGCCAUUGUUGUCUAUGCUGAAUCAACAAUAUUGAAUGUUGUUGAAUGAAUGAAUUAUUAUAUUGUCACAUAUAUUUAGGAAGAUACCGUGAGGCUCGAGCCUCUCUGUUACCAUUGGGUAAAAAUACCAAAUAAUUUAAAACUUUUACAAUGAUACGGAGGAGUGUGCCCUCUGGUGGUGAGGAAACUAUCACUGGUUGCAGGAAGAUAAUUCAACCCUUUCACAACCUUUUUUGAUAUCAAGAGGAAUGUGUGCUGUUUUAAGUGAGUUGAGUUUCAUCAGUGUGGAUCCAGACUUAUAAGUUUUACCACAUGUACUUGCCAAUAAAGAGCUGUGACCCCAAACCUCUGAAUUGUUGUUGGAUCACUGGUUUUCAAACAACAUGCAUACACCCACCUGACUGGCUCUUAACAUGUGUGCACAUACAUGGAUUUUUUUUGGAGAUCAUGGGAACUGCAGAUGCUGGAGAAUCCAAGAUAAUAAAGUGUAAAGCUGGAUGAACACAGCAGGCCAAGCAGCAUCUCAGGAGCACAAAAGCUGACGUUUUGGGCCAAGACCCUUCAUCAGAGGGCUUUCAGAAAAUUGACUGUGAAAAUGAUGCAACCUCACAUAGCCAGAUGGUAAUAAGUCUUGUGGAAAAUAAUGUUGCUUCAUGUUUUACAUUGUGUCAUAUACCGAACAUAAUGUGAUCCUGUCCAUGGCAUUACCUCUCCUUUGUGCAGCUGUAAAGUAAGUUAAUGUAUUCACAUAAAUACACAUGCAUUUUAAAUCCUAACGCCUGUUGAUAGUGAAGCUGAGUUCCUGUGAUUCAACCUUACAAUUAGCUGUGACAAGAACAUGUUGAGAAAUGCCUAAGCAUUUUCCAUAGAAUUUAUGUGUGCAAAAUAAAAUAGACAUGGUCCAAACAAGGACAAAAGAGCUGAACUUGAAGUGGAGUGGGUACCACUGUUCUUGACAUCAAGGUAGUAUUUGAUCAAGUAUAGCAUCAAGAGCCUGAUACCAACUAGAGUCAAUCGAUAAUUGGGAGAAAACACUCCAGUGUUUGGAAUUCUGUCCUUCAAUGUCAUCAAAACAAAAGAGCUGGUCAUUGACUUCAGGAAGCAGAGAGGAGAACAUGCCCCUGUCUGUAUCGUUGGUACUGACGUGGAGGUGUCAAGAGCUUCAAGUUCUUAGGAGUAAAUAUCACCAACAAUCUGUACUGGUCCAUCCAUGUCGCGACUACAAUCAAGAAAGCACCAACUUCCUUCUACUUCCUCAGAUGGCUAAGAAAAUUUGGCAUGUCCACAAUGAUUCUUAUCAUUUUUUUAUAGAUACAUGAUCGAGACUAUCUGAACUGAAUGCAUCACAGUUUCAUAUGGCAACUGCUCUACUCAAGAAGUUACAGGGAGUUGUGAAUAUAGCUCUGUCCAUCACAGAAGACAGCCUUCCUUCCAUUGAGUUCUGGGAAGGGUCACCGGACCUGAAAAAUUAACUCUGUUAUUUUCCUUUACAGAUGCUGUCAGACCUGCUGAACAUUUUCCAGCAACUUUGUUUUUCUUCCUUCCAUUGACUCCAUCUUUACUUCUCACUGCCUUGGGAAAGCAGUCAACAUAAUCAAAGCCCCUCCCACCCCGGUUGUACUCUCUUCCAUUCUUUUCCAUCAGGCAGAACAUUAACAAUUUUGAAAACACAUGCCAAGAGAUUCAAAAACAGCCCCUCUCCAUAGUUGUCUGAUUUAUGAAUGGACUUCUCAUAUAUUAGAGUUGAUCUUUCUCUGCACUUUUUCUGUAGCUAUACUGCUAUAUUCUGCAUUCUGUUCUAUCAUACUGAUGUACUAUGUAAGGUAUGACUUGUCUAGUAAGCACCCAAAACAAUUCUUCUGACUGUAUCUUGGUAAAGGUGACAAUAAUAAAUCAAAUCAAAUCACACCUAGCACAGAGGAAGAUAGUUAUAGUUGUUGGAAGUCAAUUAUCUCAAUCUCAUGACAUCACUGCAGGAGUUCCUCUGGAUAGCACCCUAGGCAUGAACAUCUUCAGUGAUGACCGUCCUUCCAUUAUAGGAUCAAAAGUGCAGAUGUUCACUGAUGAUUAUACAAUGUUUAGCACUAUUUAAGCAAGUGAGCAAAAACUUCGCAGAUGGAAUAUAAUGUGAGAAACUAUGAGUUUAUGCACUUUAGCAGGAAGAAAAGCGAAGCUGAAUAUCACUUUAUUGGAGAAAGACUACAGAGAACUACAACACAGAGAGAUUUAGGAGUUAAGCAUAAAUCAUGAAAAGCUAGUAGACAAGUUCUUCAGGCAGCAUGGAAGGCAAUGGAAGGUUGCCUUUAAUUCUAAGGAAAAGGAAUGUAAUUGAAGGAGAGGCGAUGGCCUAGUGGUAUUAUUGCUGGGCUGUUAAUCCAGAGACCCAGAUAACAUUCUAGGGA